UUGGGGCAGGAACACUGUGUUUUCAAUACAGGUAUUUAAACAACCCAAGAAUGCAUCUCGAGUUUAUGUCAUAUAAAUCAUCUCGAUUAAUGACUGGAUGCAGUUUGUCAUCUGUGUACCUGUGAGAGAAUGAUGAUGAUGCUGCGGCUUUGAUUGAUGUUGUCACACCUUUAAUAUUCGCUCACACCCCGUCGGAUCGGAUGUCAACCGCAUGAGAUUACUGGAAACAAUAGCGAUGCUUUAAAGGAAACUCGUCCUUCAUCUUUUGGGAUUUUCACGGCUUGGUGACCGGCAAAUCUUUGGACUGUAGUAUAGGUAAAAUAUAAGAGAAGAACACGAUCCGUCUGUGUUUACGUCACAGACACUGCCACCCGCGAGAGUGCACGUGAGAACUGCUGGAAUGAUGCAUCGUUGGCGUGUAUCCUGUGAUGAAUAAAUACGGUAGGCUACAUCGGUGUUUUUAUCUUGACUAAACGGAGGUGCUGUUGGAGUUCUAUGGUGAAUUGUUGGAAUUUACAUGGCUCUUUAUUUCUGCACUAUCCUCAGUUAAGAACGACCUGUAGUAACCAUGGCAACAGCAUCAUCCUCUGAAUACAUUUGCACAAUGUCUUCAGUGUGGAGAGUAUUUGGGUUGAAGGGAACUGUAAGGACCAUUGCAAAGGAUUCAGUAUGACUUUUCAGACUUGGACGGAUGAUACUUGGUAACACCUGCCAUGUUUGCAUGUAAUGGCAGCACAUUGGAGGGGUGUGGCCUUCUAGAACCAAUGGAAACUGAGAUGCAGGAGGCUGAGACUGCCCUUAUGCCCACCACUCUCAGGGUGGCGCUGGCUGCCAUCAUGAUCUUCAUGAUCACCAUUGGUUUCCUUGGCAAUGCCAUUGUGUGUCUGAUUGUGUAUCAGAAACCGGCGAUGCGUUCAGCAAUUAAUCUACUGCUGGCCACGCUGGCCUUCUCUGACAUCAUGCUGUCUCUGCUGUGCAUGCCGUUCACCGCUGUCACCCUGGCAACAACGGACUGGAGCUUCGGAGUGGGAUUCUGCCGUGUGUCAGUCAUGCUUUACUGGCUGUUCGUUCUGGAGGGUGUGUCUAUCCUGCUUAUCAUCAGCGUUGAUCGUUUUCUCAUUAUAGUUCAGCGACAAGACAAGCUGACACCCAAUCGAGCCAAAAUUCUCAUUGCAGCAUCAUGGGCUCUGUCUCUUUGCGUGUCCCUGCCUUCCGUGGUCGGCUGGAGAACCGCUGGGAUUGGUGCUCAGGUGCCGCAAUGCAUUCUGGGAUACAGCGAAUCGCUGGCGGACCGGGGUUACACGGUGCUGCUUGCGGUCGCUGUGUUUUUCGUGCCAUUCAGCGUGAUGUUGUAUUCAUACCUGUGUAUUCUAAACACAGUACGUCGCAAUGCACUGCGCAUCCAUAACCACACCAGCGAAGGCAGCGUUGCUAUCAACCAUGUCAGCAAACUGGGUUUAACCGGUCUUCAGCGUCCCCAGGUCAACGUAGACAUGAGUUUCAAAACCAGGGCCUUUACCACCAUCCUCAUCCUUUUUAUCGGCUUCUCUGUGUGCUGGUUGCCACAUACAGUUGUAAGCCUCCUGGCGGUGUUCAGUAAGCGGUUUUACCUCAGUCCAGCUUUUUACCCUAUCAGCAUUGGGGCUUUGUGGCUGAGUUACCUAAAAGCCGUCUUCAACCCUGUGAUUUACUGCUGGAGAAUCCGAAAGUUUCGUGAGGCCUGCCUGGAGUUUAUACCCAAGAGCUGUCAGCUCUGUCCCAAGAUUCCUGGUAGAAGUCGCAGGCGUAUAAGACCCAGCAACAUUUAUGUGUGCAGCAGUGAGACCCAAUCUUCAGUCUAGGAUUUGCACCAAAGUACAUUUAAAAUAACUAAACCAAGAAUGAAAGAUUGUGAUACUAUAUCAGUAUGUUUUUAAAUAAGUCACACUUGUGAUAUUUAUUGGUAUUAAUGGUUUAAAAAAAUCCUCUGAAGAUGAUAAUACGUCUGAAUUGAAUACUUAACAAGCAACUCCACCUUGCACCUCCAUGGCCCUUUUAAGUUUAUUAAAGCAAUAUACAUUUAUGUUGCAGAACCAGGUAACUUUUUUAAGAUUAGAUGGUUUAGAGUUUUGUUAAACAUUUAAAUUGGCAAAUAAAGCAACUAAACUCUGUAUUCAAUGGAAAUGAGUAUUUGAUAACAAUAAUAGAAAAAUACAGAAUGUAUGAUGUUAUUUAUGUGUUUAUAUGUUUGUUGUCCAUUAUUUACAUUUUAUACAUUUGACAGAUACUGUUCAAACAUAAAGUGCAAAUAUACUAUAAAAGAAUACAAUUUUAUUAAUGCUUAAAGUCUUACCAUUUGAUCAAUACUUGCAUUCCUUGGCAAAGGAACUCAUGAUCAUAAAAACAUACAUUGCAUGAACAUAAUGCAUGUGAGCCAUCCAAACCUCUUAUGGCCAGAAGUUUUCACUGGGGCGAUACCCUUUAAAGGGACAGUUCACCCAAAACUCAUGUACUCACCCUCGUGUUUUCACAAACCUGUAUACAUUUCUUUGUUCUGAUAAACACACAAAAAAAAGGUAAUUUGAGACUCUGGACACUAUUCACUUCCAUGGAAAAAGAAUACUAAUGGGGUCCACGAACGGUUUGGUUACAAACAUUUCUCAAAAUAUCUUCCUUUGUGUUCAUCAGAACAAUGAAAUGUAUACAGGUUUGUAACAACACGAGAGUCAGUAAAUGAUGACAUUUUUUUUAUUUUUGGGUGAACUAUCCCUUUAAUGCCCACAUAACACAUGCUGUUUCUGCUUAUCGUAUGUUAAUCUUGAGUACCUAGAGUAGUCGAAUCUUUAAUUGUAUCAGAUUUAUAAAAGAAAGACAGAAAUAAUCACCCAAAUACAGUAUCUCUUUCAAGUUAGUAGAUAUUCAAGGAAAAAGCGUGAUAUGAGUACACAAAUUUUUCUUCAAGAAAGGUUAUAUAAAGAUUUGCAAAAGAGGGUGCAAACGCAUUCCCCAUGGCCACACCUCUUCUUUAAAUGGUAAAGUAAGUUGUUUUUUAUUUUUAAAAAGUAUUAUGAUAUUAAAAAUUGAUGGGACUUGCAUAAUUUGUUAUCUUAUUUAAAUUUACAUUGUAUUUUCUGCUUGCAUUUUUUAAUCUAGUUAUAAAAAUAUUUAUAUAAUUUUUUUUAUAUAUUUUUUAUAAAAUAUAUACAAAUAUAUUUAUAAGAAAACAUUU